AUGGAGGACGGUAAACAGGAACAUAGCAUUUCAGAGGAGGGUGAUAUGGCACAAAGCAAGCCAAAACAGCGAGGAGUCGGCUGUAAUCCUUUUAAAAGAAGAGAUGAAAAAUAUUCCAGUGAAAAAUACGAGGUACCUUUGGUAGGUUUCGAACCCGAAGCCGCGAAGCACAGACCCUCGUUUGUUUAUGAAGAUCCAGCUCUAGAGAGUAGUGAGGUCGUAAGCCCUAUAUCACCUCAUGCUUUAAAGUUGUUUGAAGCUAUCCGAGAAGAUGAAAUAGAACUGGUUGAAGCGGAGUUUUCUACUCUAACAGAUAAGCGCGAAAUCGAUAAAUUAGGCGGACAUGGGUUUGCCCUAAUCCAUGUCGCUGCUCGGUAUAAUUUCAGCAGAAUAGUGACAACACUACUAGAUCAUGGAGCGAAUAUCAACGUGGGGACGGGUGACUAUCGAUGGACGCCUCUUCAUCUAGCAGCCAGGUGUGUUGAAACAUUUAAACGUUAUAUUCUACAUUACAUCUAUUCUAACGUUUCAGAAUCGACCCUUGAAAUUUACAUAUUGCUUACAAGAAUCACUGAAAUUAUCGCUAGCUUGCGUAAUCGAAUGUGUGCAACACGCGUGAAGAAUUUGUUUAUUGCAUUUGUUAUUUUUAGGAAACUAACUUUUAUUGCUUUCUUUUGAAGCUGAAGGAGAAAACAAUCCAAUAUUCGCCUCUCUCUCCUCUCAUUUGAAUUUUACGUAUUGUAUGUUGUAAAUUGACAAAUCAGAUAUUAAAAGGAAAGUCAUCACAUACUGUACUGUAACAAUUUUCGUAUUGUUUGCAAUACAUUUUUUAGCCUCAAAUUAAAUUAAAAGCAUCUCGAUAUUGAUGCCUUUCUUAGAUGAAUUACGUGACUUCUCUCUUAACAAAUACACUAUCAAGUGCUUUUAUUGGAUUAAUUGAUUUGCAAAUAUUUCUAAGUUUGACGACAAGAAAGUCUCCGCGAUUGAGUUUUGUCAGUUCUUUCACACACACAAUAUCGAUGGUAAUUUAAAUCAAAAUUUGAAGAAAGGAGGAAAGCUUUUUUUACGACUGAUGUAGAAUGAAUUCGAAGCGUUAAGUGAUCAGGGCGUGACUGUGAGGCUGUGGUUUAUAGUUUUAAGUGAAGUACUCAGUUUUCUGGAAAAUUUCACCGUUGGUUGUAAAACAACCAAUCUGCCCUGAGAAAAAGACGGCGAAGACGAAUUUUAGCGUUCCCUAAAACAGUCAACCCCCCGGGGGGGGGGGCUCAUGAGAAUUCUUGUUGGGGGUGCGCCGCCAGGUUCUCCAAAUCCUGACCCUACUUCAGACUGAAAAAUGUCAUUUUUUACAUCCGUUUUCAGACCUCGCCUCUAAAAUCCACACUCAUUCUCAGACCUAGCCUGGUCUGGCACAAAACUAACAUUAAAUCUAAACCCACUACUGUUUCUCAACACUUUCUCUCUCACUUUAGCCAUUCUCAUACUGACAUGAAGUUAAUCCCACUAGGGAAAAUUCAUUCUUCACGUGACACAGUUCGUGAGGUUAGGGAGUCGCAUUUGAUAGAUAUGGCCAUGACUCUUGAACCUAAUGGCCUAAACCACCGUGACGAAUUACUAUAUAAUAUUGUGUUUCUUAUCAUAAGUUCAGUAACAUCUACAAACCUGAAGAAGGCUGGUAUGGCCAGCCGAAAUAUUGCUAUGAAAAAACAAUACAUCUUGUUCUGAUCAGCUUUGCAGUAGUCUUUGGACUUCUCGUUUUUGGUUAUUAGUAAUAUGUAAAUCUUCUCGAUUUGAAGAAACUAGGCGCGCAAGGUGGUCCCGGUUUAUUUUUCAGCAAGCGCGCGAAGUGGUCUUGGCUACUUCUGUUCUGCAAGCGCGCAAGGUGAUAUCGGCAAAUUUUGGAAACACGUCGUUGACUGGUCAGCAUUAGAUUCCAUCCUCCAGAAUCACCUUCCCCUUUUAGCUACACUUACAUAAAAUCUCCAAAUCUCUUAAAAUUUCUACUCUUCUAAUCUUUUGGGGGAUCCAAAUGUAAAUUUGUUUAAUUUUAUGUUUCUCCUGGUCGAUUAUGGUUACGUUUUGUGUUUUACUGCGAACGAGCUCCAGCAAAACUCAAAUGUUUUGUUUAAAGAAUAAUAUAUUCCAGGAAUAUUGACGGAUUCAUCACGUUCACGACCCCGUUUACAUUUGACCUUUGUGGCCUUUUUUCUUUUGUCUCUCAUUUGUGAACAAUGGAUAAAACAAUAUAAAUACUAAGUCGACGAAUCAGAGCUCCUCAACAAAUUCUUGGAGGCGUCGAAGGCCUUCGGCCUGACCAUCAGCCUCAGUAAGACCGAGGUACUGUACCAGCCUGCUCCAAACACCACACCCGUGGAGCCAAACAUCAGCAUCGAUGACACUCCGCUGGCAAAUGUCGACAGCUUCAACUACCUGGCCUGGACAGCAUCAUCUGAAACGACGGAUUCCUGGAUAAAGAAUUCACGUCCAGGAUCAGCAAAGUAAGCCAAGCGCUAGGGAGGCUGCGCGCAAAGGUUCUCAAUCACCAUUACAUUUGCCUCUCUACGAAGCGGAAAGUCUACAGAGCUAUAGUCUUGACCGCUCUGCUUUGUGAAUGCGAGACUUGGACACUGUACCGAAGGCGUGUCAAACAGAUGGAGAACUUUCACUUGCGUGCCCUCCGUUCCAUACUUGGCAUGCGUUGGCAAGACCGUAACACAAACCUAGAGCAUUCUCUGCGGACAUCACAGCAACGGAGCUCCAAUGCCCCACCUGCUCCUGCAGACUCUGCGCUUCCAGACUGGGUUUGCAGAGCCACCAGAGAAUCCAUGGAUGAUCACACAACACGCAAUCCACAACAGACAGUCUUCUUCGGACAAGAUGGACAACCACCAAACAAGCACGUUUAAAAGAGGAGUUCUUUCCAAAGUUGCGCCACAUUUUAUGGUCCGCACUUCUUUCGUUAGCAAAAGAAAAUAAGUAUUGUGACCUCUCUAGAACUACAAUGUAAACGCAACUAAAUCACACGUGUCCAAGAACACGUAUCGGGAAUAAUGGUGUACAUUUUUCUAUAUUUUGUUUGAUUAGCUCUUUUAGGCACUUAAUAGAGUGGUAUUAUUCAAGCUACUGGUUUAACCAAGUCCUCUUGUUUGUCUUAGAUUCAAUGGUCUCUCCACUGUUGUCGAUGUUCUUCUGCCACGAGGCGCUGAUCCCUCCCUGAGAGGGAAAAAUGGGAACACCCCACUUCAUUUAGCGGCGCGUAGAGGACAUGAAGAGAUCGUUAAAGUUCUUUUGGAUCAACCGUCCGUUGAGGUUGACGCUAAAGAUAAUUCUGGAAAAACUGCUCUUCAUUUUGCCUGCAGCGAAGGUCACGGAAAGGUUUGUCAAAUCUUGUUGAACCUCGGAGCGGACAUAAAAGCGAUUUCAGCGGACAAGACAACUCCGCUUCACAGUGCCAUUUUCAAUGGACAUUCAGAGGUUGCGAUGAUGAUUUUGAAGCGAGGUUAGAGGUUAUUGAUUUAACAGUAAUUGCAGUGAUUCCUUCGGAGUGUAAAGAGUCCUUAUUUAUUUAUUUAUUUAUUUAUUAUUUAUCGAACGAUCCCCUGUGGGUCAUUAAAUUUAGGUCUUCCUAACGAGUUAGUCAUAUAAAUCUGGAAGCGUCUCACUGUAAUGCAAGUCCUCUGUGAAAUUCUGGUGAUGACAGAUAAAUGCUGACUGCUAAUUUGCUGGAUAGCACACAUUUCACUUAAACGUUCAAAUAUGCACUACUAAAAACUUUAUGGAGACAUUCCCUGAUCGUAUCAACCUGCUUAUCUGGCGGUAAGAGAAUAGGUUGGUGCUUUAGCCGCCGCGCGUACACGGUAGCUAGCUGCGACGUUUUUCGUCUGCUGCGGGAUCUCAGUUUGACUCGUCCCUCGCUGCUCGCUGCUUUAUACCCCAAACAAAAACAGCAACAGCACUCAUAGAAAGAAGCCGUAGCGCAGAUAAAUCCCGCCACCUAACUAGGCUAGUGUAAACAUAGUGAGAUUGUAGAGAGCACAGCGCCUGGGGACUAGACUCCUAAAGGUCGUCUUCGGUCGUAAUAAUGGGCUGAUCUUAUGGUGAAGGUGCACUAUGUAAGUGAAUUUUCCUCUUAACUGUCAUUGUUUUUGUACUUUACAGCUGCCGACAGAGAUGUAGAUACUAACGAGAAAGAACUUGUGGGAACUUGUGACUUACAGGACACCACAGUCUUGCACAUGGCCGCAUGGAAUAAUGACGUCAAGACUGCUGAGUUAUGCCUUGAGAAAGGCGCUGAUGUCGACUAUCUUAAGUGUGGCUCGGUCACUGCCCUUCACAUAGCGGCAACGAAAGGAAAUCUUGAGGUGGCGGACUUGCUUAUUUCAAGAGGUGCUGAUGUGAACAAGAAAGACGGGAACUCCAAAACACCUCUCCACAGGUUAAUUCAAUUUGCAUUGAAUAAAGAUUGUUCAGACUAAGCAAUACUGAGUACUUUAAGUGUUGAAUGAGCGUUCCAUAGAAUUUUGCCCAUAGUCUAGAAAAAUAGCGAAAAAAAGGCUAAACUAGAAGAAUUUUGGUGGUAACGUUGUGGGUGACCUAAAUGUUUGUCAGGUAGUCGCACGUGAAACAAAUCGAACAAACGCAAAUUUUCGUUCUAGGUCUCAACAAAAAUGAUUAUUUAAUCAGUGAAGAACAUUCUUGUUUCCAGAUUCAUGUCGGUUAAUUCGCAAAUCAAUGUUCCCGGCAUGACAAUACUAAUGUUCUAGUUUUGCAGGACCUUAAAAGUAUCUCCAUGUUGUCUUCUUCACUACCAGUCUGGAACUGAAAAAGAAAAAAAAACAGCGUUUCGUAAAUUUUAUGCUUCAAUCACUUAACUAACCCUUUGCUUAUCGUUCCCAUGUAGGGCCGCUAUGUUUAACCAGUUAAACCUUAUUGAAUUUUUUGUGGAAAAGGAGGCAAAAAUUAAUGCUCGUGACAGUGAAGGUCGUUCUCCUUUCUUGAAUGCUGUUGCUGCUGGGCACGUGGACUGCGCCCGAGUUCUUCUCAAAAUUGGAGCUGAUUUGAGCGCAGCGGACUUGCAUAUGAAAACCUGUCUUCAUAUUGCAGUAGAGAACGAGCACUUAGAGAUGCUAUCAAUGCUUUUGGAAAGUCGUGCGGGGGUAAGCUGUUUAAACAGAGGAGAUUUGAAGGAUAGAGUUCCUCUGCACUACGCGGCGAAGACAAGAGACAUCAAGGUAACGUUGGAACGGAACUGUUAGAAAGCAAUUCAACAGCACUUUUUUUAUCACCGCUGGAGAACUUGACAUAAUGGCACCUUUACAUAGAAGUGACUAUAAUAGAGUCGAACCUCUAUAAAGGGGCGUUCUAUAAGCGACCACCAUUUUCCUCUCUUUUUACCAGAGUCUAGGCGGAGAAAAGCCUCAGUAAAUCACCGUAAACAGUACCUCUAUAAAGCAGCCACCUGUUCUUUCUUCGAGGCUAACCGCUUAAUAGAGAUAUCUUUAAUAGAGAUUCGCCGUACUGUAUUUAAGGCAGAACGUGAAAUUCGUUCGAAAGAAUACUUUUCCCGGCUAACUGGUUAAUGAAUCGCAAGUCAUAGCUAUUUUCCAGAUGUACACCUUACCGACAUUAGGGAAGGUAGUCUGGUAGUCUGACUCUCUCAUGUUUGCAAAUGGUGGUGGCGGACGGGAAUGCCAUUUAUGUGAUAGGGAGCCUACAUCAGUCAGUUUUUUUCUAGGACAGACAUUCUUAGGCAUAGACCAUCUUUACAGCCGUACACUUCAGGGAGGUGUCCAUUGAGAAAGAGUUGACUGUAUUUUAAAACAGUCGAACUCACUCUAUAUUAGGCGUUUUGUGUUGAGUGAUGUACUGACAAGUUUGUCCGUCGAUACUCUAGGAACUUACCGAUAGAUGGAAGCUUGACCCUUUAAGCUCCAGUAUCUCUGCACUUUUCUUUAUACAUUUUUGCGGUACUGCUCGAGAAAAUUUCUUCAAACAUCAAGACAUUUCAUCUCCGGACCUGUAGUGUUGUUGUUGGGAGAAAUUGGUAGCUGUUCACCAUUGGAGCUUAAAGAAUUAAUGACAGGCCGCUUAAUAGAGAUUCGGCUGUAAAUGCAUUAAAAACAAUAAAUGACACUGACUCUGGCAUACGGAUUCAUGUUUGUAGAUUUUAGAGCUCGCCUUAUCCAAGCAGAAGCGCUUGGGCUUCAAUGAUGAGAGUAACAAGACACCGCUUCACCUUGCAGCAGAAAAGGCCUCAUCCAAACACGUCGAAGCUCUGGCAAAGCGCAUGUCUGAAGUAAAUGCGCGAGACGAUCUUGGCCGAACGCCAUUGCACAGCGCUGCAAGGAAAGGGCAGAGGCAAGAGAUAUAUUCUAGAAUAUUCUCUUUUUUCUUCACAGUUAUCGCUGUUUUUCCAUUAUGGGUGAAAGUGAUCUUUGCCACUUAUUUGUAUGCAAGUGGACCGUAGAUCAAAGAUGUCCUCACAGCAAGCCAUAGUGUCGUAAAACUUGGAAACUCGAACCUCAAAAAUUUUGUGCGACUAUUAAGUCGUCCUUUUGUUUUGAAAGAAUGAUUAAAAUCGAUCACGAUUACUCGAAUAGGUAAAUUUUAUGUUUUGAUUGCCUCCUGAAAUACCACGUAAGAUUGCUUUUAUCCCAUCAAUCCUAAAGCGCUUGAAAAGAUGGCGGGUAUCGUGAAUAAGGUUUAUUCCGUGAGACAAUUACCAUUUCCAUCUUUCUUUAAUUCUAUUCACCAUUCGCAUAUCCUCCAUUAUGCACUUUGCUUAACCCCCCCGGCCAAAAAAGCAUAAACUUUGCUUUUCAUUGAUGGACUUCCUUUUUUUAAGGGGGGAGGGAGGAGAGAGCAAGGUGUGCUAUGGGAGAUUGCAAGUGGCGAAUAAGGGAAUCCAAGACGGUUUUACAAAGCUACCUGCAUUUUGCAUUUGUUUUCCUUUGUAAUAGGAAAUCCUGUCUGGUACUUCUUAGCAUGGGAGCUGAGGUCGACAGCAGGGAUAACAAGUUUCGAACACCUCUGAUGUGGGCUUCUCGGGGAAACCACACAAAAUGUGCCGAUGUUCUUCUUGACUCCAAAGCUUCUGCUGACCUACAGGAUGUCGGUGGUGAUACUGCUUUGCAUGUAGCUUGUGGUCAGGGUCAUCCAGCUAUUGUGACUUUACUGUUGGACCAUGGUGCAUCCUCAACAUUGAGAAAUAAACAAGGUCUUGCUUGUUUGGAAGUUGCUGCGAAAGCAGGAUCGUGUGAUGCCGCCAUGGCGAUUGCCAAACACGAAAGGUUAGCAGAGUAAUUUUCACUCAGUAGUAAUUAGCUUAAACCAACACGAUAACAAUAACGUUACUACAAAUUGCAAAUACAUUAUCCCACCGUUAAUUUUGUAAUACCUGCUUGAAACCCCACCUCUCCCCACACCCCAAACAAACAAAGAAAUGGGUUUGAAGCCCACGAAAGAUUCUUUCCACAAAAGUGGUGGAAAGGAGACUCGUUAUAACUUAACAGCUGGUAAUCCAAAGGAGUUUUCGAAAGGACAAUAGAAUAAUUGGAAAUACACGACACAAACAAGGAUCGCUAUUUUCAUUUUCAAUUCCUGAAAUAAAAGCGUCGCGUUUGUUAUUGGUUGGUUUUUCGUCUCUCGAUGAAAAGAAGCGACCUACAUUCUUUACGUCAGUAUACAGAUGGAAAAUCAUGUUUGCCAAGUCUGGACCGUUGGAGAGUCCACGUUAUGUAACACUCCUAAUUAAACAAUUUAUAAUGUUUUUUAUGAAUACUUCAUAAUAUAUAAUACAUCGUAAUAUAUACAUUGUGGGGGGAGGGAGGAAAUGUCGAAUGUCAAGUCAUUUUAUUUGUUUUUACCUGCAAUUUUAAAGGUGGAAGGAAUUUGAACAGUAUCAAAUGUCAAACGGUCAAACAGCAAUCUCACUCCUGGUUGAAAACUUCCCUGAAGCAGCUGAAGUUGUUCUUAAUCAGUGCGUACGUUGCUCGGACCAUCUCAACCCAGCCGACCCAGACUACGCUGUAACUUAUGACUUCAAGCACCUAGAUCCUGGUCCAGAUGCUGACAUGUCGAGUGGAAGGUUUUCUACAGUUCAGGUGAUGAUAAAGCACAAGCGUGAACGACUUCUUCUACAUCCUCUUACGCUGAAAUUUAAUGAACGAAAGUGGCAGAGUUUAGGAAGAUAUGUCUUCUUGUUCGACCUUGUCACUUAUCUCUUGCUUAUGGCGCUCUUUACUGAAUUUAUUGUUCGUCAAAGGACAGGCCAGACCUUCAGACCCCCGGAGCGUGUGCCACCAAAGCGCAAUGGCACUCGAGGAGUUCUCAUCAAGCAAAAACCCUCAGAUAUUUACCACAGAGACGACGCCUUCACAGAGACCAUUCCGUUUGUGAUCUUGAUUUUCUCCCUGCUGCACAUAUGCAAAGAACUGUUGCAAAUCUACGUUCAGCGUUGGAACUACUUCAAGGACCUGUCUAAUUACCUGGACUGGACCCUUUAUAUCACUACAGCAUUGUUUAUGGUCCCCUAUGUCACAAAUCCAGCCGACCUCGACGAUUGGUUUGGCGGUAUGCAGGAUCCCCUAGUACUUUGGAAUAUUGGAGUUCUUGCAAUCUUCGUGUGCUACACCAACAUGAUGCUGUUUCUCAGAAGAUAUCGCUUGUUUGGCACUUACAUCUCAAUGUAUAUUGAAGUGACGAAGACUGUAUUCCAAGUUAUGGUUGUGUUUUUUUUUCUGGUUCUGGGAUUUGCAUUGGCUUUUUACGUCCUCUUUAAAGAACAGGUAAGUUAGUUCUCAGGUAUUGUUGGCUAAUCAGUUAAUCUUGCGAGAAAAAACAAGAAUUGUGUUAUUAGUUGAUUUAACUCUAAAGAAAAGAUAAGAAAGAAACCAUGAAUUUUGGGAUCGAGAAAAAUGUCCCUUUUCCUUAAUAGAGAUUCCCCUUCAAUAGAAGUUGAUACAGAAGCAGAUACAAAGAUUACAUGAACAUUCUUCGGGGACCAAAUUUUGUGUUCCCUGAAUGGAGGUGUCUCACAGGGGAGGUUCCACUGUAUCAAUCAUAUCCAGGAAGACUAUUAGCAAGAUGACGUCAAUUCAGUUCAACUACGUACUAGUAUCGUUUGCUUUGAGGGAUCCGAACUCCCAAAAGUUCUCUUGUUAGAAAAAUAAAUAAUAAGUAAUUAAAAACAGUAAUAAUUGUUAUAAUUACUGUUGAUAGAAGAGCAUUAUUUCAGUUACGAAAACGUUUCUCGUUGGAACUGAUGAGGGGCCAGUGCAUGCCCUAUUUAGCCCUCUCGUGGAUAUUUAUAGCUUCAAAUAACCAAAGGUGCUAGAAACACUACGAUCUUGAACACGCUUCACCUCCAAAACAAGAACCUUUUUUCUCCAUUUUUGAUUUCCUUUGUCAGUUGCUGCCUUAAUGUAGGGAGAACCCGAAAAUCGCGUUUUGUUGCCUGGCGAAAACGCAUCGAAACCGGUGCCUUGACUUUUUAAUCUUACCAAUCAUUUCAGGCAACCUGUGACGAUGUUUGGCUCCACCCUACUUCAAGGUACUGACACAGUAAGCAGUAGAAGUCUUUUUUUUCAACGAACGCUGUUCAUUGCACUAAAUUGCCAAGAGUCGACUAAUGCUGUAGCUCCACUGUUAGUAUGCACGUACAUGUAAACUGCAUGAAACCCAAUUCGAGCGAGCGCUCGAAACGUUAGCUUGUGAAUCAAGUCUAAACUGUGGCCGAUUUUGUUUAUCUGCUCAGUUGGUAAAACCGCAUUUUAUCUCACCAUUAUCAUUCAGAUUGGAUUCCAUACAGUGCAUCAUUCCCUGCUCCGCGUGCUCGUGAUGAUGAUUGGUGAACUGGACUUUGGAUCAACCUUCAUAAGCACCAUUCGCCAAAAGAGUGAAGCUAACAACAAUCCGUUGAAUCCAUUCCCUUCUUUUGGAUAUUUCUUCCUUUUUUUGUGCUUGUUUUUGCUUACUAUCGCUCUGAUGAACCUUUUGGUAAGGAACUAGUUUGAUAUGUAUUUUUAAGAGCUGAAAGAAUAGGCUGAGAAAACAGCCAACGUUUCUCGACGCCACCACUGGUUUCCCCGCGAAAUGACGUCUGAGAAACGAGUACGGAAAUUCCAUACUGAUGACCUGUCACUACCCUGAUCUGGGUAGUGCUUCUAAUUGGUUGAAGCAGAUUUCCCUCGUUGCACGACCAAUCAGAAGCACUGACUAGAUCUGGGAAGUGAAACGUCAUCAGUAUGGAAUUUCUGCGCUCUUUGCUCAGACAUCAUUUCGCAGGGAAACCAGCCGUGGCGUCAGGAAAUUUCGCAGGCUGUUUUCUGAGGCUGUUAAACAGCCGCCUGUUGUAGUUUUCUGCGCAUAUGUGGGAUUUUGCGUUUUAAGUCAACAGAAAAAUUUUCAAACUUGACUUUGGCAAGAAAAAAUACUUUUCCAGCGGGUGUCGAUUUCCGUAGAACUGUGUAAGCUAUGUGAAAUUUGUCGGAGAAAUCACAGGUCAUUUGUAAAGGUUCCGCACAGGAAUCUCUGUGUCUUCUCAAUCUAAAUCUAAAUGUGGUUUAGUCGGCAACAUCCACGAGGGACAUCACGCCCAACUGCGAAACACUUGGGAUUGCAGAAUAAAUUUAUUAAUGAAGGUAUGAUCCUCACAGUGGUAAUAGACCUUUUCACCGAUACGGCGGCCAUAUUGAGUUAAUUCGAUUUACGGAGUAUUAUAGGAUGCCCAGGGGGCAUGAGCACAUUUCGUUUGUAUUUUCGAGCGCUUUUCGGGACAUUUUUUCUUAAAGUUUUCUUAGAAUAAGAUUGUAAUGGGUAAAAAAGAUCCUUGUGCCGUGUUUGGAUGUAAUAAUGAUCGCCUUUUUCUGGUUUAGUAUUAGAAAUAUGGUGUUUCACUGUAUAUUCCUCGGGAAAAGGCGAUCAUUAUUACAUCAAAACACGGCACAAGGAUCUUUUUUCCACUUACAAUUUUAUUCUAAGAAAACUUUAAAUAAAAAUGUUCGGAAAAGCGCUCGAAAAUACAAACGAAAUGUGCUCAUACCCCCUGGGCAUCCUAUAAUACUCUUUAAAUAGAAUUAUAUAAGCAGCUGACACCGAAAUACCAAUUUUACAAGAGGAUAUGAUCGUCGCAGUGGUAAUUGCAAUUACCACUUGUUGGGCAUUACAAAUUGGUUAUUUCCUUGAAACAGCCCGCUCAAGACGGUGUUAGUUAAAGCCGUAAAAGUGCAUUUUAAUGAGAGCCGAAAGAAGCUUUGCUACUACUUCGUACUCUUGUACUGCUAUUUCAAAAAAAACAUUUUAAUGAAGAAAAAACGAAAUAGCCGCAUUUACUGGAACGUUAUAGCCACGGCGCUCAGUUACCAUUAAAGGUUCUCCGAUGUAGCUUGUUUUCGAAGAUGGUGACGUGAGGUUUACCGAGCAAAUUUCGCUGCGUUCAACAGUUCUUAAUCACAUGUAAUGGGCGGUUGGCAUCAGUGGUCCAAGAAUUAAGAAAUGUUGGGUGAAUGACGUUUUUUUUUUAAAUUUGGCUAGUGCUACUAUUUUAUAACAAGUUUAGCCAAACCGAAACGGAGAAAUCGUUAUUUUUUGUGACCAAGUCAGACGAUAUCCGAAGUUUGCUUUUACAAAUCUUUAUUUUAUUGUGGUAAAUUGUACCGUACAAUUUUCCUGUAGGUUGGUCUGGCAGUGGGAGACACCGAGACAAUGAAGAAAUACGCCACGGUCAAGAGACUUGGGAUGCAACUAGAAUACCAGUUUCAAAUAGAGAAGGCGUAUCCCAAAUACAUCAUCCGAAAGGUUUACGAAAGGGUUUAUGUAGAGAAGCCCAACAAGCUGCCCAGAGUCAAUAGGUAUACCUCAUUUUGACCAAAUCGCAGUAAAGCCUGGUUUUCACUAGCGCAUAAGCAUAAGCACAAGCACAUACGUAAGCAAGUGAAAAAUGGGUCGACAUAAGCAUAAGCACAAGAAAAACGUACAAGUUCGUUCUUCUUGUGCUUGUGCUUAUAUUUAUCUGGUAGCUUUGACUAGUGAAAACUGGGUCGACAUAAGCACAAGCAUAAGCACAAGGCCGUGGACCAAUCAUAGGUCACUCUGUCCGCCAUCUUGUUUAUCAUUGGGUUGAGGAACGCUGGUAUCGAGAAUUGAGUCAAAUAUGCUAUUCUGCGCGUGCCCAUGUCCUUGUGAAAACCAGGCUUGAAAAAGCGUAUGUGUGUAUGCUCACAUAGCGAGUUACAUAUUUCCAGUCAGUUGUCCUUUGUAUUACGUGUAUUGUAAAUAUCGGUUAUCACGAAGUAGCUUUGGAUAUUUUCAUGCAUUUUGCCUAUAGAUUAUGCGUGACUACGAAAUGGCUUUGGUUGCCAGGAGUUGCUGGGAUACAAAGGCUGUGUCCCGCCUAAUAUUUGUAUUAGCUAUUACUUCCCUGUUGAUCAGUUUUCUUGCUGAGGAUAGGGUUACCGGAAAUUGGAAUUCCCAUAUUGGUGCUAACAUUUAAUUGAAAGGAAAACACAUUGUCACUUGUUUUGCUCCUCAGAUUAAUAGAUUGGCUGCAUGCAAGGUUUGCUGAAGCAGCUCCAGAACCGUUCGAAGAGGGUCAAACAUCUGAAUUUGCUGGACUAAAAAAAGAGAUGUUAAAAAACAAGAAGAGGAUCAAAUCUAUGAUGGCCAUGUUGGAGGCCCAAAACAAACUACUCAAGAACCUUGCAGCUGUCGUCGACCCCAAAUUUAAGGUUCGGGAAGAUGUUGACGGUGUGAGGGGUGCAGCGCGGGCAUCGCUUGAAGGGGGCAUAGAAAGCGAAAUGCCAAAGUAACAUUUAAGCGUCUACUUUACAAGAUGGAUGCUGCUUUUGAAAUUGUGUUUUGUUAAGUUCUUUAAUUGAUAAAAAAAAGUUCGUGCAUGUCUACAGCUUAUGUUUCAUUCAGCAUUUAUAGCGGUGCUUUUGCAACGAUUAAACGUCUAAUGCAUUUUUUGUAAAGGUAACCAGACAAUGUGGCGAAGCUAAAUAUAAGUGGUUUUCUCCGCACCUACACCAUUGCUUCAUGGCAUCGUCGUAAUUAACCACUCACAUGUUUUUGUUAAGAUACCAACAAACGGGAAUACACAUGUUUUCGUGACAAAAUUUCCUGAUUUUUCUUGGCUGCCUGGCGCCAUGGAAUUUUGUAGAGACCCAGCAGUUUAAUUUUGUGCAGUUGUCACAGACACAAGCACGUAACAUAACCUUAUCGAAACUAGAGUGGAAAUAUACGGAGAAAUGUUCUGUUGUUAUUGUAACACAAUUCAGACCUCCAACCGUGGGCUCUUGGACUCUCCAGAUUAUAGAUUCAGGGGCUCCCUUGUUGACGCCCUUGGAGAUAAGGGAGUUGACCCCUAUGGUUCGACAGUUUAAACACAGCCUUUCUGUAGGACCUUCGCAUAGCUCUGAUUAGUUUGUACUACUUUACAAAAUAAAAUCGCUUGAGUUUUACAAAGUGUCUCGAAAUGUGCGUUGAAAGGGUACGGAAAUCUCACAACGCAUAUUUAACUCAAUGGAUC